AUGGUAGCGACAGAAACAAGGGAAGGAACAGUGUGUCAUUUUGUUGGACAGUGUCCAACUAAUGGCGAGAAUCCUUUAUUAUACUUGCAUAAUACCGACAUCUUGGCACGAUGCUUCCCUAAAAAUGACAGAAAUGAAAAAGAUACGGCAGUUUUUAAAGGAUGUGAUGAUCUCGAUGAUAUGUAUGAUUGCCUAGCUGGUGUGUGUUGCCCGACAAGAGCUUUCACCUGUGUUCAACCGCUUGAAUUGGGUGAUAUAGCAGAAACUGCUGAAUCAGUUGAAAGAUGGUAUUACGACUCCACUGUUGAUGAUUGUAAGAAAUUCAAUUUUACUGGUCGUGGCGGUAAUGCUAAUAAUUUUAUUAGCCAAACACAGUGCCAAUCUUACUGUAGAAACCGAUGUAGACGAGGAAAUCCGCAACGAAGAUUUCUAGAAACCGAAGACGCAGUGGUUAAGAACACAGAAAAUAUUUACUGCCUUACCACUGAAAAUGGUUUCUUUUGCUGCCCACCACCAAGUAAUUAUUAUUCUAAAGUUAUUGUUACCAUUUACAGAAGUAAAAUUUACUGCAGGUGGUACUGGGAUAAAAACGAGAAACGAUGUAUGACUUUCCAGUACCUAGGACAAGGAGGAAACUUCAAUAAUUUUUUGACGGAAGAACAAUGUAUCAAGUUUUGUCACAAAGCUGUAUGCCCGAUAGGAACAGCUUUACGUUAUCGGCAAGAAAGUUGGGUAGAAUGCGCUGAAAGUGCUCAAUGCCCAGUUACACAUUACUGCUAUAUGUCUCGUUGUUGUCCUACGGCAUCAACAAUAUGUACACAGCCUUUAUUAAAUAGUAACAGUUGCAACGGAGAAACUUCUGUACGAUAUUGGUUCAAUGUAUCAUCAAGCCUGUGCGAACCGUUUCUCUUUGCUGAUUGUCAACAAAAUGAUAACAGUUUUGCAACUGUAGAAUCUUGCCAAGAAUUUUGUGGUGUAACAGAACCUGGUCUGUUUACACUUACAGUAUCGAUAACACCAAUCACCCAAAAGUAUUUAGAUGAAAAUGGUCAAGUAGUUCAUUGUGAAGGCGAAAAUGAUUUUCAUACGUGUCCAGAUACUCAUCGCUGUACAGAAUUGGUAAGGAUUUCGUACUGUUGCCCACUUAAAGGUACCUUAUGUUCUCUGCCAAUUGAAAAAGGUCAUAACUGUACGAGUAGUGAAAUAAGGUUUGGUUUCGAUUCUGAAUUAGGAGUUUGUAAAUCAUUCCAAUACGGAGGUUGCUCAGGCAACGCAAACAACUUUCUCUCACUGCAGUUUUGUAUCAAAUUUUGUUAUUCAGCAGUGUGUGCACCUAUGGAGGUUGUCUACAUAGCACUUAAUUCAACCACCGCUUUUAACUGCGAGAAGGCAACGUGUCCCGAAGGUUACGUUUGUGUCAAGAAUGAAAUGACAAGGCAAAGUGUUUGUUGCGGCUUACCUACUCAAGAUGUUUGUCCGGGAAAAAUGGUUCCUUUCGUUGGCUACUACGACGUCAGUCUACGAACUUGCGACCCGUCAUUACUAAACUCGUGCGCGGCUGGAUUUCAGUGUUUGUUUUAUACCUAUUUAUUUGUUUUUAAAUUUGGUUCACAACUUGCCAUAAAUCCACUCACCGGUGAUCCAAUGGGUUGCAAUUCAGAUGGGAACUGCAAUUCGCUUGAUAAAUGUUUUGGCAGUGAUGAGCUUACUUCUGGCUUUUGUUGCACUAGAAAGAAUAUUGCUUGUCCAGCAUCGUUUGAACUGGACGAAAAGCGAACAAAUGCUGGCGAAUGCACGCCGUUAAUUACAACAAGCUGUUCAACAAAUCAUCAAUCUAUUUGUCUUUACAGUAGUGCUUUAUCAAGAUUUGUUUGUUGCAGAAGGGAGUCGCGUUCUCCUACAACUUUAGCGCGAUGCCCUUCACGCACUGUUCAAGAUCCCAAUCGAAGAUUCUGCUCGGUAGGAGUCAGCUGCCCAUUACCAUAUCUUUGCGUUCGCCCUAACAGCGACCACGUUGGUAUCUGCUGCAAACCAAACGUACCAGUUGCUCCACGGCUCGUAACAAAACGUAAUUUUCAAUUCCAAUAUAUUGUUCUACGGGCUCUUCUCGAAUUUUCAGCUUAUAGAGUUUUAGUAGGCUGUAGAAGGGGUUCUCGACCACUCUAUGAUGUCAGUACGGGUGAUGUCCAAAUAUGUAGUGAACGACGACCAUGUCCAGCUCCAUAUCGUGUUAGACAAAACAUUAUUUAG